AAAAAAAAAAAAAAAAAAAUAGACAAACAAACAGACAAACAAUACAAAAAAUAUAAAUAUAUAGAUAUAUAUAUAUAUACAUAUGAAGAGUACGAUCAACCUCGACAACGAGAUUGAUUCUGAUUUUUCAGAAGACGAAUGGGUAAUUAAUUCCAUUAAUGAAGUACCACCGCCACCGUUAUCGCAUUCGACAUCUAAAAAAAGAUAUCACAACAAGACAAAAAAGAACAGACAAUCACCAAUGAUCUCUGAAGCUUCUAUUCGUAUGAUAAAAGCUAAUUUACCAUCUCGAAGAAAACGAACCAAGUCACCUCUUUUACAUCCUAAUGGUCGUGAUUAUUCUUCAACUAUACAAGCAGCAGCAGCAGCAGCAACAGCAUCACCACCAUUCCUGCUUACAUCUCCAUCCAUGUCACCAUCUUCUCCUGCUAGUACAAUAACUAUCAUGACAACACCACCUACCAUCGUUUCUUCAAUAGGUACCUCAUCACUCGUCACAGACGAAACAGAUACAGAAACAGAAAGUGAAAAGGAUAAAGCUGCCUCUUUGCAAUACAUUUCUGACCAAGAACUUCAAUCGAUCUGUACUGACAUGAACGCCGAGUUACUCAUCUCUCGUCUAAUCCAUGUUUAUAAAAGUUGUGAUAUUUAUCUUCGCAUUCGUGAAAUUGAGACAAUUAAUUCUGUUAUUGAAGUACGAUUGAGAAAAUAUUUACAUUAUUCAUCUGAUCCUCCUGACUUUGUACUUAAUACGUUGGAAGCAUUAUCCAAUUAUUUUGCUAAUCAUAGUAAAAAUAAAGAAUUAACAAGUAAAUUUCGAAAAAUGUUAGUGAAUAAUUUAUGUACGGCUCUAAGAAAGUUUUUGGAUACACCUAUUGAACAACGUUGUCUACCUGAGAAAACGGAAAUGGAUUUAAUUUCUUUUGACGACGAUGUUGUGCAACAAGUGACACAUAGUAUGGAUUUGAUCUCUUUUGAAGACCCCGUAGAUAAUAAUCAUGUAGAAGAAGAUGAAGAUGAUAAUGAUGAUGACGAAGACGAAGACGAAGAAGAAGAUAAUAUUAUUACAUUAGCUGAAAUUCUUGGAGUUCCAGAAGAAAUAAUUCAACGAUAUACCCUAACACGAAGACAUCAGCUGAAGCUCUUGAAAAUGAUGGAUACAAUCCCAUCUCCAGUUAUUGUCUAUUAUGCAAUGGAUACCUUCAAGUUAUCUGAUUUGAUUGCUUUAGGUUGUGAGUUAGAGGAUGAAGGUGUCAAAUUAGCUCGUACACUUUUCAAAUAUGGUUAUUAUGAUGAGGUUGUGUCUAUUAUACGUCAUUUAAACCUCUUUGAUCGAUUCCCUAUUGAUUAUACCGCUGAUCUCUUUUUCACUGCGGGUCAUGGCAUGCAUCUCCCUCUUCUUUACCGCGAUCAUGCUGAAAGACAAAGACAAUUAUUAUGCUUUAUUAAUAAACAGCUUCGAUUUAAUUAUGCAGGCAAUCUUGGUAUUGUUCCAGAUACAUACUUGAAAGACCCUCUUGAGACCGACACACCAAUACAACAGCUCUCUCGACUUAAGGAACGUAAAUUUCAAAAGGACCUUGUGAAUUGUGGUACAAAAAUAAUGAAAGAGAUAGAACUCAAAGAGGAGUCAGAGUCAGAGUAUUAUUUUAUUUCAUUAUCUCAGCGAUAUGCUUGUUUAAGAUAUAUCCUCGCACAACGUGCUAUUCAACAACUAGAAGAUGAUACCAUGACGAUUGAGGCGAGCGACAACUACAAUGGACUCAUUGACCUCUUAUGCGAAAGGGAUCCAGUGAUGGCUCGUUUGGCCAUUAAGGAAUUGAUUGACAUUGGCGAUACAGUCGCUCCACCUUACUUUGCAUCACGUUAUGGACAGCAAGAAUUUUAUUGCCGAUAUAAUUCACUUCCAUUAGAUCAAAGACUGCUGGGUGUUGUUAAAGGAGAACAGAUGUCACGUCAUCGAACUACAUUUACAAGUUGUAAGAGAGGUCCUCAUCAUGGACAUGCGAUGCUAUCACCCGAGCAAUACUAUUAUUUACCGCCCUAUGCAAAAUGUGUUCUAGUAGAUUCACAGGAGACCUUGAUGCAGAUGAAGGAAGUCCUUUCGGUAUCUACUAUUUGUGGGCUUGAUACAGAAUGGAUACCUCAUUUUGCUAAAAUCAGCAGUAGUUCAGUGCGGACAGCACUUAUGCAGAUUGCAACUGAUACAGACGGUUAUGUCUUUUUAUUGGAUCUCAAAACCAUAUUUGAACCACAAAAUAGACAUCUAUAUCGGUUAACUGAAUUGAUUUUAAAGCUUUUAUUUGAAGAUGAAGAUAUAUUAAAACUAGGCUUUGAUUUUGGUGGUGACCUGGACCUUUUACAUCUUUCUUUACCGUCUUCAAAAGAUUGGCAAAUAACUAAAUUGAUAGAUAUGAAAACGUUAAAAACAAAACAAGGAGAGGUUAUUACGGGUGGAUUAGCUGGAGUUGUUACUACUUUUUUAGGUGUUUACCUUAAUAAACGUCAACAACUUAGUAACUGGGAACGAAGACCAUUAAGUAAAGAACAAAUAUUAUAUGGUGCCUGUGAUGCCUUUUGUCUCUUGGAUAUUUAUCAUGUCCUAUGUCAAUGGAAUCAUCCAUUCGUUGAAGGUUUACCAAACAAAAAAAAGUCAACAGGGACUUUCACAUGUAAUUCGCAGUUCAUGAGAAAGAUACCAGGAAUCUACAUCGACAUGCUCCAAUGUCAAAUCACGUCGCCUAACAAAAAAAAAAUCUAUCCUAUAAACAACAACAGGCUAUAUAUAGCUACAGACGAUAAUAAAAGAAGAAAAGGACUCCUGAAUGUUAUUGAUAGAAUAAUCAGAAUUUAGAUCUGUAUUCAUGAUUUAUAAAUAUGAGGAGAGUGUUAUUAUGCAUGCUUAUCAUUAUCCAUUUUGUUGUUAUGGUAAUACUUCUUUAUAAUUCCCUGGAAAAAUAAAAUAAAAUAAAAUGAAAAUAAAGACAGGUAUGUUUCAGAAACCAGUUAAAAAAAAA